GAUAUCAAAAUUUCUUUCUUUACAUGCUUCUCCUCUGAUCCUGUAGAGAUGAAAAUUGACAUCCAUAAUCAUAUUCUACCAAGAGAAUGGCCAGAUCUAAAAAAGAGAUUUGGCUAUGGAGGCUGGGUGCAGCUCCAACACCACAGCAAGGGAGAAGCAAAGAUGCUGAAGGAUGGGAAGGUUUUCAGGGUGAUCCAAGAGAACUGCUGGGAUCCAGAAGUCCGUAUUAGAGAAAUGGACCAAACAGGAGUGACCGUGCAAGCCCUUUCCACAGUUCCUGUCAUGUUUAGCUACUGGGCCAAACCUCAGGACACGUUAGAUCUGUGCCAGUUUUUAAACAACGACUUAGCUGCCACGGUAGGGAGGCACCCCAGGAGAUUCGUGGGCCUGGGGACGUUGCCGAUGCAGGCCCCGGAGCUGGCCGUCCAGGAGAUGGAGCGCUGUGUGAAGGAGCUGGGCUUCCCGGGGGUCCAGAUCGGCUCCCACGUCAACGAGUGGGACCUGAACGCGCGGGAGCUCUUCCCUGUCUACGCAGCAGCUGAAAAGCUGAACUGUUCCCUAUUCGUGCACCCCUGGGACAUGCAGAUGGACGGACGGAUGGCCAAAUACUGGCUCCCUUGGCUCGUAGGAAUGCCAGCAGAGACCACCACUGCCAUUUGUUCCAUGAUCAUGGGUGGAGUAUUCGAGAAGUUUCCUAAACUGAAAGUAUGUUUUGCACAUGGAGGUGGAGCCUUCCCCUUUACAGUCGGAAGAAUCUCCCAUGGAUUCAGCAUGCGCCCAGAUCUGUGUGCCCAGGACAAUCCAAUCAACCCAAAAAAAUACCUUGGUUCCUUUUACACAGACUCCUUGGUUCAUGAUCCUCUGGCCCUCAAGCUGUUAACAGAUGUCAUAGGAAAGGAUAAAGUCAUUUUGGGAACUGAUUACCCCUUUCCACUAGGCGAGCUGGAACCUGGAAAACUGAUAGAAUCCAUGGAAGAAUUUGAUGCAGAAACGAAGGACAAACUCAAAGCGGGCAAUGCCCUAGCAUUUUUGGGUCUUCAGAGAAAACAAUUUGAAUGACUGAAUAUACUACAAUCUUUCAAGAGGAUAUUUUAUUCUUGUUUUUAAAUAUGUAUCACACAUGCAUACUAAAAUCCUAUGUUGAACUAUUUUAUCCAGAAAUAGAAUAUCCUGAGUAUCCUAAAUUAUUCAGAACAAAAAUGACUCACAUGUGUUUU